CGCACUUCCCCGCGCGCGCUGGCUGCGGCGGCCGCUCCGCAGCAUGGCGGGCCUGGGGCGGCCGGGCCCGGGGCCCCGCGCCGCGAUGCCCGCCUGGAAGCGAGAGAUCCUGGAGCGGAAGCGGGCCAAGCUGGCGGCGUUGGGCGGCGGCGCGGCGCCGAGGGCCGGGGCGGGCGCGGCGGAGCCCGCGGGGCCGGCGGCCGAGCGGCUGGUGCUGGCCGAGAGCCUGGGCCCGCUGCGCGAGAACCCGUUCAUGCGGCUCGAGUCGGAGCGGCGGCGCGGGGCGCGGCGCGGCGGGGGCGCGGGCGCGGCGGGGCCGCCGCUGCUGGAGCUGUACCCCUGCGUGCCCGGCGUGCGCACCAUCCGCGCCGACAACAUCCUCAUCAUCGAGUCGGCGCCCGGCUUCCCUCCCGCGCCCGGCCCCGGCCCCGGCCCCGGCCCGGCCGCCCGCAUCCGCGCCGCCGAGGUGCUCGUGUACGAGGCGCCGCCGCCUCCCGGCCGCGUCAGCCGCCUGCUCCAGAAGUUCGACCCGCCGGCCGCGCCGCGCCGCCGCGGGAGCCCGGAGCGCCACCGCCCCGCGCUGCCACCCUCCCCGGGCCCGGCCGCCCCGCGCGCGGGUGAGCCCGUCGCCUGCCUCCAGCCCGAGCCCGAGCGCUUCGGCUCAGGCCCCGGCCCGGGCCCUGGGCCCCGGCGCAGCGACUUCCUGCACAAGACCGGCAGCAACUCCUUUACUGUCCACCCGCGGGGCCUGCGCUGCAGCGCCGGCGCUCGCCCACUCCCCAACGGGCCCGCGGCCCCCGAGCCCCGGGCCGGCGCUGCCAACGGCCUCGCGGGCUCCGCGCCUGGGCCGGGCGAGUGGAAGCCAAAGGUGGAGUCGGGGGAGGCCCCCACCCGCCCGCCCCCCAGCCCCGGGACCCCCAGUGCCACUCCAGCCGCGCCCCCGGCCUUGCCCACGCCCGGCCCUGCCAGUGCCACUCCCAGCCAGCGCCAGUGGGUCUCUGCAGCCACCAGCGCCAAUGACUCCUUCGAGAUACGGCCAGCCUCCAAGCCAGACAUGGACACGAUCCCUGCCGCAGAUCUCCAGGCCCGGGCGCUGGCCCGUCUUCGCAUGAACUCUCGAAACUCUUUCGUGUUCAUCCCCAAGCGCAGGGCCUCCGGGGCCCCUCCUGCGGAGGGGAGGCAGUCCGUGGGGCCUCCAGCGGGAGGAUUGGGCUGGGCCUCCCAGCACCAGGAGGAUGAAGCCCGGCAGGUGCCUGGAGCAGACGACAUGCCCGCGCGUGGGAGGAGCCCCUCUGGGGUGGAGGAGGGGGGCUGCCCCACGCCAGCCCCUGCUCUCGUGGACCAGGCCGUUAGGUGGCAGCGACCAUCCUCACCACCCCCGUCCCCACGGGUCGCCGCUGAAGCCCAGCCUGCCCAGGGCUUUGGGCUGCUUGGCUUGGCCGAGAAUGGCAGGGAGCCUGGGAGGCCAGGGCUGCCCGUCACCUUCAUUGAUGAGGUGGACUCAGAGGAUGAGGUCCCCCAAGAAGCCAAACUGCCCUGCACCGGGGCCGGUGCGCCUCCCCAGUACCACCCGCAUCUUGCGGGGCCUGGGCACCUGUCCGAGCUCCAGCACAGAGGCGGCAACACUUUCACGGUGGUGCCCAAGAGGAAGCCAGGGGUCCUGCAGGCCAAUGGGGAGGCCAGGCCAGGGGAGGCUAAGGAAGAGGGGCCGGGCAGCCUUUUGGAGCCUCCUGCUGCCUUGGGGACCUCACUGAAGAAGCGCUACCCCACUGUGCACGAGAUCGAGGUGAUUGGCGGCUACCUGGCCCUGCAGAAGUCCUGCCUCACCAAGGCUGGCUCCUCGAGAAAGAAGAUGAAGAUCUCCUUCAAUGACAAGAGUCUGCAGACCACGUUUGAGUACCCGCCCGAGAGCUCCCUGCAGGAGGAGGAGGCGGAGGCGGAGACGGAGAGGGAGGAGGACGAGGAGGAGGAGGACGAGGAGGAAGAGGGCUCCGGCUCAGAGGGCGCGGCGGCGAAGCCCUUUGUGCUCUUCCUGCCCCGAGCCACGUUCGUGAACAGCGUGGGUCCCGAGAGCCCUCGGCUGCCGGAUGGCAGCUCCGCUCAGCCCUGCCGGUCAGGAGGACCUCUCGGACUUCCGAAGCGAGCCAGCCCUCUACUUCUGAGCCCCGCCUUACCAGGACAGCCAGGCCCGAGCCCCACGUGCCCGGGAGCCGCGCCCCCUCCUGCCCUGCCAGGCCUGCCCUCCCCCCUCCUGCUCGCCCUUCCUCAGGCCUCACAAGCAGGCCAGUUCUCAGGGCCCGAGCCCGGCGAACCCGGGACUCGCUCGACCCUGGUUUGGGGGCACUGCCUGUGGGGGAGGGGUGGGGUCCAGCUCUGCGCCGCGCCCAGUGGCUGUUCGGUGUCCGGGGUGGGGGCGGACAGGACUCCCACCCCCCAGCCCAUCCCCCCCCCCCCAACCACUGCGUUUCUGAUGAAUGGCAAGUCUCUCCUGCCUCUGGUGAUGGACUCAGUAAACAGCACUGGAUGAGA